CGGAGGCGCACGUGGAGCGGUAUUGUAGAGGAGCGCCCGCGCGCGCACUCAGCUCAGAGAACUUUUCAAUGGUUCGGUCUCGUGCCCGAUGCUGUCGCACGCGCCACAGAACUUUCAGUCUUCGCAGAGAAGAAGUUGAUUGAACAGAAAGCGCGUCGCCGAGGAUGACCGCCGCCUGACUGCGCCUCUGUUGUCUGCCCGCGCGCUCCCGGGGGCGUCCCUCACAGAAGGAUGGUAGAUAAAGGCCCGCUGCUGACCUCUGCCAUCAUCUUCUACCUCUCCAUUGGGGCAGCAAUCUUUCAGGUGCUGGAGGAGCCCAACUGGAAGCAGGCUGCAGCGCAGUACAGGGAGCGGAAGGAGAGGAUCCUGGAGGAGUACCCCUGCCUGUCCAGAGAGGAUCUGGACAGAAUACUGGAGGUGGUGUCAGAUGCUGCAGGUCAAGGGGUCACAAUAACGGGCAGCAAGACGUUCAACAAUUGGAACUGGCCCAACGCUGUCAUCUUUGCUGCCACCGUUAUCACCACCAUUGGAUAUGGCAACAUUGCUCCAAAGACGUCAUCUGGCAGAGUAUUUUGCAUCUUCUACGGGCUGUUUGGAGUGCCGUUGUGUCUUACCUGGAUCAGUGAGCUGGGGAAGUUUUUUGGUGGCAGAGCAAAGCACCUUGGCCAAUAUUUAACCAAAAGAGGGUUUUCAUUGAGAAAAGCUCAGUUUACCUGCACUGCUAUCUUUCUCCUUUGGGGAGUCUUGGUCCAUUUAGUCCUGCCACCUUUUGUUUUUAUGUCCCAGGAGGGCUGGACUUACAUAGAGGGCUUGUACUUCUCAUUUGUCACUUUGACCACAAUUGGCUUUGGAGACUUAGUAGCAGGUGUGGAACCAAACAAAGAAUACCCAACUCUGUAUCGCUACUUUGUGGAGGUGUGGAUUUAUCUGGGCCUGGCCUGGCUUUCACUGUUUUUUAACUGGAAAGUGCGCAUGGUCAUUGAAGCCCACAAAGCUUUGAAGAAACGCCGUAAACUCCGAAAGCUUUCCCUGGAGGAGCUCCGCCAGUACAAGGAGGCUUAUAAAGCUUCUCUUCACUUGCCACCCACUCCUAACGAUGUGAACAUUUUUGGAUUUUUGUCUAAGAAAAAGGAGGGCUACAAUGACCUUAUAAAGCAGAUUGGCAGCAAAAAUGAUGGCCGGACUAGACUUGCAUCUGGUGACUCAAACACAAAGGCCAAAGAGAUCAAUAGGUCCAAGAGUUGCAAUGAUGCUCCUGUGUUUAACGGGCAUACAAUCCUGAGCCUUGACCGCUCGCCACGCCAGAAGAGACGCUACAGCUUUAGUGACCGGGUCACUGUUGCUUUUUCAAAGUCAAAGAAUUACCUUCUGGGUUCAGACAGUGGGCUUCUUCUUUCAGAGGAACCUGCAGAUCCAGACAUGGACCAGAACCAACUGUAUGAAAACCAACUUGACAAAGAUGUUGACCUGGAGAAUAGAGAUUUGGGAAGUUGUGGAGCAGGUUGUCGAAAAAUGUGGGAGUCCAAGGAAUAUCAUCCCCUAACUUUCCAAAAUGCAAACAUUACUUUUAUUGAUGAGGAAAACUUUCUGAGCAAUAAUUUAGAAGAGCUGGAAGAUGAGGACAAUGACGACGACGAUGACAACUCCAAAGUAAAACUCUCCAUUACCACAUGUGAUGAAAACGCUGAAACCAACUACAAGGAGAAUCACGGUUCUGAAUCUGAAGGCUCUGUGUUUACCAGUGACGGUUCAGAGCACGGACGCUCCUAUGAGAAGCUGGUGGAGGAAUAUGCUAAAGAAGACAACACGGAUCCUUGAUCAGUAUGAAACAUAUCUGAAUAGUCUGUAUUGGCCGGCAUCCACCUGAGUUCAUUUUAAAGAUCCCUAAAUGUCCCGUCGUACCUAAAGGUAGACAAGAUCAAACUUCCUGUAAAAAGUUCAGAAGAGGAGGAUCCUUCGUUCAGACACUGUUAUUGCACAUGGGCUGGGGAGCGCAUGUUGAACCCCAAAGGUUUCAACAUCUAAUCGUCUUCUUUAAAUGGUUCUUGAAGAGUUUUUUUGUGAUGUCCAACCAUGUGUGUCCUGAAAUUCGAUCUUUGAGCUUCAAUUAUUUCUAUUCACCAUAUUGGUGUUUUAAUAGUAUUUAUUGAAAUAAAGGAAGUGGUAGCUUUUUCUAAACAGCUGCAAGUUUGCUUUUUGAAAUUGCGCAAUUUAAUCAACGAACAAACAUAAGUCUAAAUUAAGUAUUUAUAACUGCACUAAAGAUUAGGCUUUAAAAAGGAUUAAGGAGAGUCUUCAUGUCGUCUUUCUUGUUUUAUGAAGGGUUUGAUAUUUGAUGUAUUUGCUGUUUGAACUAUAACAACUGAACUGUGACCAUGAAGGAAGGGAUGCUUCUGGUGAAGACGUCCACAAACUAGUGAGAAAGUUUAGAUGAACAAACAUUGCAAAUAGAAGUAGGCUUUUAAAACACUGUAUGUUGAGCUCAAGAUAGUUUUGUCACUGUUCACUCAUCAGUCAGGUUUAUUGUGUUACUGCUGUGUGAAGACCACGUGACAUCAUCACUAAUACCUGUGCUUACGUGGGACACAACACAACACUUUCUUUUUUUUGUCCUAGCGCUCUUCCACCUCAUUGUUUUUACUUUGUAAAUAUCGGUCUGUUUUGAACCACAAGCACACAGGACUCAGCCUUACUACCUGUUUGGAGAGGCUGGCACCAGCACAACCGACUGAAUUAUCACUAAGCCAGACAAUUGAUCUGUGGCAGAUCAAUGCUAAGUUGAAGAACGGGCUAAAACAUGAAGGUAGAGCUUGAUUAUUGCAUAAAGUCCUAAAAUUCUGAUUACUCGUGCCCACACGUGUUUCAAAUGUAUUGCACAGGUUUAAAGUGUGGAGCUUUUCUUAAAGCCAAUUGUAAUUUGAUGAAUUUUCUCCCUUUAUAUUUGGUGUAUCUACACAAAAUACAUUUUGUGAUUUGGAAUUUCGCCCUGUCAGAACAGCCUUCAUUCAACUGUAAAGUGUUUACAGUGCAGCAUAACAGCUGGUGAAAAUGUUUUGUAGAAAUGUAGCCGUUGCCACCGCUGAUGAUAGGUGCCUUUAUUUUUGCACCUCUUCUGUGUUUCUUCACUCUUCAAAUUUCAUUAAAAAUGCCUUUCUUUCCCACUGCUUCUUUUGCAUUUCUGGCGGCAUUGUUGUGCAGCAAAGGUACUUGUGGGGACCACAUGUCGACUAUGUGUCCAAACAAUUAACAAAGAACACGCUAAACUGGUUGCUGCACUGUGUGUAAACUCCAUGUUGACUGCCAUUUUUUUUGUAAUUAAGUUAUUUGUAGUUUGUUUUUGAGUACUAUGAAAGCUGUAUAUUUAAAGUAAAAUAAACAAUCAAAUUGUG